CGCAGGAGUCGCAGAAGUGAGAGAAUCUCUCUCUUCUUGCCUACAUUUUCCAGGGUUGUGAGAUACCUCUGGAUUUCUAGCGUCAGGGUUUUAGGAGAUCUCCAGAGUUUUUCAAUCCUCGUCUCCAGUUUAAGGUUUCGGGAGAUUUCUAGAGUUUUUCAAUCUUCCUCUCUUCUUCGAUCUCAUCAAUGGCGAUUGGAUUCGUUUCUUCGAAUAAGGGGAUCCAGAAAACCUUUAAAGAUGUCCGUCUGCACUCUCAACUCCUCUCUUCCUUCACCGCCGAAUGGCAGGAUCUUGAAGAUCACCUCUACUCUAGCAAGAAAUCGAUUGAGGAUCGCUUCAAAGCUCUUGAAUCUAGAGAGCAGCGAUCUCAGCCGAAACCCCUCUGCGACAAUAUGGACGGCCAGGGCUUACGGUCCUUCAUCGUCGCGCAUCGGAAAGAUAUCCAUUGGGCUGAGGUUAGUAAGGCCCUCAGUGCCGCGCCGGAUCCGGCGAAGGUGGUCUUGGAUUCGAUGCAGAGGUUCUAUCCUACCCAUAUGAAGAAUCAUUUGGUGGACCGGCUGGCAUCAAUCUCGCCGGAGGUUACGGAGGAUCUGAAGGACAAGGCAAAGAAGAUUGCGGACAAUUGGAGGGUGACAGUGGGUAAGAAUGGCGAGAAUGCUGCUGAGUGUUAUGCGUUUUUGCAAUUUCUAGCUGUGUAUGGAUUGGGUUCUGAGUUCGAUACAGAUGAGCUUUUGGAUAGGUUUGUUGUCCAUGCUGCUCGACGGGAGCAGACUAUCAAUUUGUGUCGUGUGCUCGGCCUUUCAGAUAAGAUUCCUGAUCUCAUAAGAAAGCUGAUCCAUCAGGGAAGACAAAAAAUGCUGUUGACUUUGCAUAUGCUUUUGAUCUUGUAGACGACUUCCAUCCUGUGCCCCUUUUGAAGGCCUACAUGAAUACAUCCAAGAAGGCUGCUCAGGAGGUUGUGAAUAGUGGAAACAGCUCAACAGAGUCGCAGAUUGAGGCCAUUGGCUUAGAACUUACCGCUUUGAGAGCAGUGCUGAAAUGCAUCGAAGAGCACAAUCUGAAAUCUGAGUACCCACCAGAUGACAUUGAAAAGCGAAUUGCUGAGUUGGAGAAGCAGAAAGCAGAACUGAUGCAUGAUAAGAAGCCUACUGCUGAGUCGGAGAAGUGGGAGGAAGAUAGGAAGCAUCAUGAAAAGGUUGUUGCUAAGUUGAAAAGGAAGAAGAAAUUCAAGAAAUGCUCUGUAGCAACAAUGGCUGCCAUGAAGCCCCUGCAGCGACCACCAUUAAACAAGCGGCCUCGACCAGCGGUUGCAUUCGCCCUUUCUGACCGAGGUAUUUUGGCUUCCUCCCCCCUAUCAGCUUACCAAGCUCCUCAAUCUUUGGCUCCUGCUGCUGCACCUUAUGGCUUGGCGGGGCCUGGUGUUGGAUCUGCUGAUCUCUACAACGGCUCAUCAGUUUCUAGCCUUCUGGGAAUGCCUUAGGUUACGGUGUGAACAAGAGCCCACCGAGUCCUCAUCUCUACUCCACUGCAGGGCUGUCGUCUAGUUUGUUCUCGCGAGUGGGCUAUGGCAGUUAUCAAGUAUCUGGUGGUUUGCUGCAGCAGCCUAGCAGUUUGGAAUGGCAGCAGACUUAUUAUCCCUCAUCAUUUGAUUCUUGAGAUUGAUUUUAUGGCCAGGUAACUCUAACUUCAGUAUGUCAACCCCGCUUCCCACUUGUAAGUUGUGUCAAUAUGAGCUGUGCAUGUACACCACAUUGCUUAUUGCAGUGGUUGGUGUAUUCUUUGGAAAUGAUGUUUUGGGUUAAGCUUGA